GCACGGGAAAGUCUGGCACCAAGUUUUGGAGAAAAAAAGAGGGCCUGCCUGCGCCAGGGUUUUGGGAGAGGAGGAGUUAAGGGCUCCUGAGCACGGUGAGGGUCGGGUCCUUGGAGCAAGGAAGAGAAUAGUAGCUCAGGAGUGCCUAGGCGCCCGCGAAGGCUUCAGGGUUUCACGCGAGUGCUCAGAGACGAAGACUGAGGGCAGGACUUCUGGGUUCUGGAAGUGAAGGGGCUCCAAGGACCCGGAUCUCGACGCCCUGCUCUCUGACCUGGAGACUACCACCUCUCACAUGCCAAGGUCAGGGGCUGCCAAAGAGCGCCCUGCAGAGCCUCUCACCCCUCCCCCAUCCUAUGGCCACCAGCCACAGACAGGGUCUGGGGAGUCUUCAGGAGCCUCGGGGGACAAGGACCAUCUGUACAGCACGGUAUGCAAGCCUCGGUCCCCAAAGCCUGCAGUCCCCGCGGCCCCUCCAUUCUCCUCUUCCAGCGGUGUCUUGGGUACUGGGCUCUGUGAGCUAGAUCGGUUGCUUCAGGAACUUAAUGCCACCCAGUUCAACAUCACAGAUGAAAUCAUGUCUCAGUUCCCAUCUAGCAAGGUGGCUUCAGGAGAGCAGAAGGAGGACCAGUCUGAAGACAAGAAAAGAUCCAGCCUCCCUUCCAGCCCAUCUCCUGGCCUCCCAAAGCCUUCUGCCACCUCGGCCACUCUGGAGCUGGAUAGACUGAUGGCCUCACUCUCUGACUUCCGCGUUCAAAACCAUCUUCCAGCCUCUGGGCCAACCCAGCCACCAGUGGCAAGCUCCACAAACGAGGGCUCCCCAUCCCCACCAGAGCCGACUGGCAAGGGCAGCCUAGACACCAUGCUGGGGCUGCUGCAGUCAGACCUCAGCCGCCGGGGUGUUCCCACUCAGGCCAAGGGCCUCUGUGGCUCCUGCAAUAAACCUAUUGCUGGGCAAGUGGUGACGGCUCUGGGCCGCGCCUGGCACCCCGAGCACUUCGUUUGCGGAGGCUGUUCCACCGCCCUGGGAGGCAGCAGCUUCUUCGAGAAGGAUGGAGCCCCCUUCUGCCCCGAGUGCUACUUUGAGCGCUUCUCGCCAAGAUGUGGCUUCUGCAACCAGCCCAUCCGACACAAAAUGGUGACCGCCUUGGGUACUCACUGGCACCCAGAGCAUUUCUGCUGCGUCAGUUGCGGGGAGCCCUUCGGAGAUGAGGGUUUUCACGAGCGCGAGGGCCGCCCCUACUGCCGCCGGGACUUCCUGCAGCUGUUCGCCCCGCGCUGCCAGGGCUGCCAGGGCCCCAUCCUGGAUAACUACAUCUCGGCGCUUAGCGCGCUCUGGCACCCGGACUGCUUCGUCUGCAGGGAAUGCUUCGCGCCCUUCUCGGGAGGCAGCUUUUUCGAGCACGAGGGCCGUCCGUUGUGCGAGAACCACUUCCACGCACGGCGCGGCUCGCUGUGCGCCACGUGUGGCCUCCCGGUUACCGGCCGCUGCGUGUCGGCCCUGGGCCGCCGCUUCCACCCGGAUCACUUCACAUGCACCUUCUGCCUGCGCCCGCUCACCAAGGGCUCCUUCCAGGAGCGCGCUGGCAAGCCCUACUGCCAGCCCUGCUUCCUGAAGCUCUUCGGCUGACAGCCCGCUAGGCUCGCCCUCUCCCCCGGAGGCCACGCCCUCCCGGUAAAGCGGGUCCUGCAGACCCAGAGGCCUUGCUCUCAGAGCGUGAGGCCCCACCCACUGGAGAGCCCCGGCCCUAAGGUACUCUGAGUCCUCAGGGGUCACGUUCAGAAAAGGCCCAGCCAGACCUAAACCCACACGCCCACAAAGUGAAUCGCACACAGAUGAGAGCUCCCGUGCGAGCCUUCACUCUCUAUUCCCACCCUUGAGGGAGCCCCCUGACUGGGGGAGGGUCCUUGCAAUUCCAGCGAAUCGGAGGCCAGGCCAGGACGUCCUUGUUCCCUGCACCCUCACUGUUCUGUGCACUUUUUCUACCUACAUAAACACACGCAUUCCACGUC